CGUAAUUUAACCGUGUAGCCUCCAAUAAGUGAUACGGACAGCCCCUGAAUGCACCAUACGGCAGAGUGUGACAGAAGCAGGAAACAGCAGCAGAGAGCAGAAAGAAGGCAGCAGUCUGCCGACGGGCUGUCAGACACUCGGAUAAAACUUGACUUUUAGAAGACUUUUUGGAGAGUCUGGUUCGACGUGAACAUGUAUACCCUUGCAGUGUAUGUCCUUUUGGGGACAGGACUGACGGUAAACUGCGUUGGACUCUCAGGGAAGCAUUCUCUCACCUACAUCUACACAGCGUUCUCCAAACCUGUGAUGCUCCCGGGCAUCCAUGAGUUCACCGCCAUGGGCAUGCUUGACAACAAAAUGAUCGACUACUUCGACAGUGAUCUUCAGAAGAAAAUUCCCAAACAGCAGUGGAUGCAGGAGCGAAUGGAGCAACAGUACUGGGAAAAAGGCACACUGUCCCGCCAGAGCAAGCAGCAGUGGUUCAAAGUCAACAUCGACAUCCUGAUGAAACGAAUGAGACAGAAUGAAUCAGAUGUCCACGUUCUGCAGUGGAUGCACGGCUGUGAGGGCAAAAUGCAGCCCGACGGUAAGCUUGAGUACGUCCGCGGGAUGGACAUGUACAGCUAUGACGGAAACGACUUCCUGUCCUUUGACGACUCCAAUUCCAUCUGGGUGGCCCCAAGUGAUGCUUCACUCCUGACUAAGAGGAAGUGGGAUGACGUCCAGGUUCUGAAAGAAUACACCAAAGGCUACCUGGAGAUUGAAUGCAUGAACUGGUUGGGCCAGUUCGUGGAGUAUGGAGAAAAAAUGCUGAGGAAAGCCUCUCCUCCAGAAGUGUACCUGUAUUCAAAGAAUGCGAAGUCAGAGAAGAAAAUCAUCCUCCAGUGCCUGGCCACUGGUUUCGUCCCGAAAGAAAUCGUGCUGCAGAUCAAACGGAAUGGCCGUAUUCUAACCAAGGAGGACGGAGUGCAUACGACGGACACUCGACCAAACGGAGAUGGGACAUUCCAGAGAAAAGACAGCGUGGAGAUUCUGAGGACUGAAACAUCCACCUACACCUACACCUGUGAAGUGAGGCAUGACACGACAGGCAUGCAUAUGGAGAGGGAAUGGGAUCAUACAUUACCUAGCAACCCUGCACCCUUCAUUGGCGCAGUAGUGUGCCUGUUGGUGGUCCUGCUGUUGGCUGUGGUCCUGAUUGUCCUUUUUAAAAGAGGAAUGCUUGGACUGUGCACGAGUGGAAAUAGCCAAGGGUCGCAGACGUCCCUGAAAGGCAGCAACAGCAGCAGUGGAUCUGCCGAGGUGAUUGAGAAAGGUGUUGUUUCAAAAGACAACAAUGAUCCUGAGGCAACUGCAGCUCUUAUUAAAUCCGGUGGAUCAACACCCAGCACCCAAUCCAGCCUACUGUCGCAGAACGGAACUAUCCCAGGUGAUCAGUGAUCAAAUAUCGUUGGUAAACGCAAUCGGCACUUAUGAAGAUAAGAUGUUUAAAUAACUUAAGGCUUUUUCAAAGUCUGCAGGAGUAUACAUUUUUAAUUCAGUAUAUAUGAUGUGUGGAAAAAAACUGCAACUAAAAUCAUUGAAGAAAAACAAAAUUAAAACAAAGUUAGCCUCAAGGUUUUAGCCUGAAUUUAAAGAAGUACACAAUGUCUUUUUUGUUAUUUGCAGUGAUUUGUAAUUAACAUGUAACCAAUACAUACAGGAUUAGUGUUCUUUGUGGGUUUUUUAUAUACAAUCAUUAUUCAUGAAGUAUAAUUAGGCAAAUAAAAUGUUAUCUUUGGAUUUGAAUUGGUUUUCUCUUUCGACUCAUAUUAAGUGUUAUGCUGUUAUUCUUUUGUUUUCACAUUUAUUGUUUGCAAAAAAUUGUAAAUAUUGACAAAUUUAAAUAUUACUUUAAUAUGACAUAAGUAUUUGAUACAUCAGAAAAACAGAACUUAAUAUCUGGUACAGAAACCUUUGUUUGCAAUUACAGAGAUCAGACGUUUCCUGUAGUUCUUGACCAGGUUUGCACACACUGCAGCAGGGAUUUUGGCCCACUCCUCCCUACAGAUCUUCUCCAAAUCCUUCAGGUUUCGGGGCUGUCACUGGGCAAUACUCCCUUUCAACUCCCUCCAAAGAUUUUCUAUUGGGUUCAGGUCUGGAGACUGGCUAGGCCACUCCAGGACCUUGAGAUGCUUCUUACAGAGCCCCUCCUUAGUUGCCCUGGCUGUGUGUUUUGGGUCGUUGUCAUGCUGGAAGACCCAGCCACGACCCAUCUUCAAUGCUCUUAUAGUAUAAGUAUAAUAAAAUAUAAUAAGCUCUUCAUUAAAAGUUCUUUCAAGUGCAUUUUUUUUAAAAUUAAUCAUCAUUUCCACUACUUUUUAGACAAUAUAAUAUUAUACAUUUUUUUAUCCUGAUUGAGUGUCACUGGCUGCCUGCGGAGGAAGAAGAGCCACUGUCGAUUGUAAAGACAGUAGUGCCACUUAUUAGAUAUCUGAAGCUUCUGUCUAAAACAUUGAACAUGCGUAUGAAUGUGAAAAGUUAUUUCUGCUGUACUUUUUUACUGUUUUAAUGAGUGCUUUUAAAUGUUUAAGCUACAUAUACUUGUCCUUCACAUUGUGUACAUUUGAAAUAAAUCUUGCUUUGUUGAA